GUGAUGUUCUUCGUGUUCUAGUGAAUAGUUCUGAAGAAUCAUAAAUAAAACAUAUUGUAAAUGUGUGCAUUUGAUCAAGUUUGCAAGAAGAAAUAAAAUAUUUCAUCCACUUACCUUAUAUAAAAAAUCACAGGUCCCCCGCCUUGGUGCAGAAUAAUAUUAAAAUGACUACAUCACCGAACAUGAAAGAUGUGUUAGAUAAAAACCUGGAGGAUUACGAGAUUCAAGAAGUUCUAAGAAAAGGCACUGACUUGCGUGAAUACGCCUUACAAAUUGACAAAGGUAUCAAAGAGGCAGAAAAGAGUUCUGUUGCAGACUAUUUAAAAGAAAGUGAAAAUAUAAGUUCCCUUCACAAUCAAAUUGAAGAGUGUGAUGGGAUUUUGGCUCGUAUGGAGAGCAUGCUCAUGGUGUUUCAGAAUGAUCUUGGAAGUAUAAGCAAUGAAAUAAUUAGUCUUCAGAAACGUUCUGUCAGUAUGUCUGUGCAGUUGUCUAACAGACAGGUCUUAAAAGGACCCCUUUCAUCAUUCAUUGAAGAUAUGGCAGUUUCUGAAACACUCAUAUUUGGUAUUAAUAAUGUUCCUGUUACUGAUAAAGAGUUUAUGGUACAGUUAGCCAUUUUAAACCAGAAGCUUAAUUUUGUAAAAGAACAAGAUUUCAAGGAAACUAAAUCAUGCAAUGAUGUUAAAGAUGUUCUUGAAAAAUUAAAAUUAAAAGCAGUAUCAAAAAUCAGAACAUACAUAUUGGAGCAAAUAUACAAAUUUCGCAAGCCAAUGGCCAAUUAUCAAAUUCCACAAAAUGCCAUGCUUAAAUACAAGUUCUUUUUUGAGUUUGUCUUAGCUAAUGAAAGAAAUAUAGCUCAAGAAUUAUGCAAUGAAUACAUAGAUACAUUAAGCAAAGUAUACUAUUCCUACUUUAAAUCAUAUGCAUCAAGACUAGAUAAAUUAAAAUAUGAAGAAGCUCCUACAAAAGAUGACCUUAUGGGUAUUGAAGAUGGCUCAAAAGGUGGAUUCUUCCAAAAAUCAAACUUAAAAAAUAAAAGUACAAUAUUCACCAUUGGAAAUAGAGGCGAUGUUCUAGCCCAACAAUUGGAAGCACCUAUAAUUGUACCUCAUGUUCAACAAAAAACUAAAUAUUCUUAUGAGGCUUUAUUUAGAAGUCUACAGUAUGCCCUUGUUGAUAAUGGCUGCAGAGAAUACUUAUUCACAACUGAAUUCUUUCAUGUAAAAGGCAGUCAUGCACAAGAACUGUUUGAUAGAAUACUGGGUAAAACAUUAUCUUUACUAGUGAAAAAUAUAGAAAAUUAUGUUAUGGAGUGUUACGAUUGCUUGGCUCUGUUUUUGUGCUUACAACUAAUAAACAGAUACAGAUGGAUGUGCCAUAAGAGGGCUGUAGCAGCUUUAGACAGUUAUUGGGACUCUUUACAAACUGCCCUAUGGCCGAGGCUUGAAUAUGUCUUGAAAUUGAAUAUUCAAAGUGUGCAUGAAUGUGAUCCAGCAAAAUUGUCCAAUAAAGAGCUGGGGCCACAUUAUAUUACUCGAAGGUAUGCAGAGUUUUCAGCCGCAAUGCUCAGCUUAAGUGAACAAUUCCCUUCUGAAGAGUUAAGUAACCUACUUCUCAUUCUUCAAGAUGAAGUACAUUGCUUUCUCUUAAAAAUGGCGGCUGAAUUUCCUCAAAGAAUUCAGCAGUUAAUAUUUCUGAUCAAUAACUAUGAUAUGGUUCUAAGUAUUUUAAUGGAAAGGACAAGAGAUAAUACCAAAGAAGCUGAGAGUUUUAGGGAACAACUUCAGGCGAGGAGUACAGAGUAUGUAGAAGAGAUACUUAGCCCUCACUUUGGUGGAAUGAUGCAAUUUGUAAAAGAAGGUGAGCAAAUUCUAGAAUCGGAUAACAAAGCGCAACUUGCAAAUCUAGAAAAAAAAUCAAUUUCUUUGGUAGCAUCAUUCAGUUCCGGUUGGAAACAAAGCCUUGAAGAAAUACAUAGAGAAGUUCUUGUCUCUUUCCCUAAUUUGGUAACAGGUUCAGGUUUAUUACAAAUGGCAUUGACCAACUUUGUACAAUAUUAUCAUAAGUUUGUAAAAUUAUUAACUCCCAAUGCACGUACACAACUUGUUAACAUUCACGUGAUAAUGGUUGAGAUAAAAAAAUAUAAAACAAAUUUUUAAACUAAUGGUGCAUGGAUCAUAUUUUUAAAGCUUAUCAUAUUACUUUGUAUAUAUUAGCAUAAUUUUGUGUACUUAAUGUGUAUAAGUAUAAUAAUAUAAAUUGUAUAUUUAUAAGUAUAUUGUAGGUAGUCAUGAAAAAUAAUAGAAUUAUAGAAUAAAGAAUAAAGUACUAAGUCAUGUUA